GCGGCUCAUUGCAUGACAGCACUUCCCCCUUUUUUUUUUCUUUAAACCCGUUUCCUGCCUCCCGUUCGGUAUCUUCCACUAUACAGGAAGAGGAAGGCCUCUUGGUUCUUUCUCCUUUCGACACAACCAGCGACCCUGGGGAAUGGAACCCUCAAGGAACAAACCUACCCAGCCUUUUUACUCCUCCAGUCCUUUAGCCAAACUGUCCCCGCUCGGGCGCGGAGCCGGCCCCUGCCGGGCAGCAGACUGGAUCCCCCGUCCAGCGUCGGCCUCGCCCGCCGCCCUGACCCCGAGCCGCAGGGGUGGCAGGCUCGGGGACACCAGGGCUGGACUCUGUCCGCUAGCUCCCCACGCCCGCAGAGGCCGGAAGAGCUGCCUCGCGCCCCUGGCCCCGGCGGCCGGAGGGCCCAGGGGUGCAACCCUGGGCGCCGAGGGCCGGCGCGCCACUAGCACAUCCCCGCCCGGGCCUGUUGGCCACGGCUUCUCCGCCGGGCUCUUACCCCGGUGCCGUUGUCGCACACCACCACCUUCCUGCCCUGGCUGUCCAUCGUCCGCCCGGAAGAGAGCCGCCGCCGCCGAACGACCUACAGCUCCUGCUGCCCGGCCCUUUCCUCUUCCUCCUCCUCUUUCACAGCCCUUCCUUCAGCCCAACUUUCUUCCCCCAACCGGAAGUCAGUGCCCGGCCCCACCCGCCAUUUAAGACACAGCCUGCACGGAAGCGGUGGAGGUGGGAGGGAGGGGGCCGAGAUUGGCAGCAGUACGCUCCAAUAAGAGAUGGAGCCUGCAACUGAGGCCCCCGCCUACAACUCUGGCUUCAGCUUCUGUUCCAGCUCAGGCGUACGGGUUACCGCCCACCCAGGUUCUUCCUCACCGCUUUUAGUUCCUGGAUCUUCUCCCGGCCGUAAUGGCGGCAGAUCUGACGGAUGCGUCGGCCAAAGGCGUUGCAGGAGUUGAGGGGGUCGCUCACCGGUCUGCAAAAGGAGACUUCUGCUCAUGCUCUAAACCCAGUUGUCACAUCUAUGAAGACUUUGCUGGAUAACCCUCAAGAUGCUCUUUACUCUCUUUCUUCACUAUUAGUUUACCGUGGGUAUGUGAAUAAUAUUUUUGUCCUUAUCACACUCAACAAAUAUUGGAUGAGUGAUAUUAAAAUUUAUCUAGAAAAAAUGCCAUCAUUUUUGAGAGGUGAGAGCUAGAAUUGUGCCUUUCAUAUGGCUGUACAUGUACAGGGACUAGAAUAAAACCUGGAUCAUGAGCCCUUCAGUCCAGUAUUAUAAUACUAGGCUGCCUCUCAAUUUUCACUUUGUUCUGUUCUUAGACCAGUGGUUUCUACACUGUCAUAAAGGCAUAGGCGACUUUAUUCUAAUUUAAUCUUACACGGAACCUCAACAUAUAAAAUAGAUUAAAAUCUGCCAUAAUUGUUGGAAGUUUGAGAAAUUAGAACGGACAGGAGUCCUCGGAAAUAUGUCUUCCCCGCACCUGCUUCAGUAGUGGUUAAGGUACCUCAGCCUGCUAAACAGUGCAUUCAUUCACAAACUACACAUCUUCCUUUUGUGGCCCCAGUGCCUAACACUGUGCCAUUUUCCUCCUGGAAGUAUACUUAUUUGGUCUGAGCAAAUUGAACUCAAACAUUUCUGUGUC